AUGAAAGCUCAGUCUGAUUAUCUAUCUAUUACAGCCUCUUGCUUUAUCUAUCUACUUGUUUCUUUUUAUAUUGAUAUAUCUCUUCUCAUCAUUAUCUAUCUAUCUAUCUAUCUCAGUCUAUUCAUAUCUAUCUAUCUAUCUAUCUAUCUAUCUAUCUACCUAUCGAUCUCAAUCCUUUCGCAUCUACCUUUUAAGUCCAUUCAUUAUCUAUCUCAGACCUCAAUUAAAGUUUUUCUUACAAUAUUUAUCAACCGUUUUCUUUCUCUCUUUCUUUCUUCUUUCUUUCUUUCUUUCUUCUUUCUUUCUUUCUUUCCUUCUUUCUUUCUUUCGUUCGCUUUUAGUUUUCUUGUUUCUAUCUUUUAUAUUUCUUUCGUAUUCAAGAAUUUUGACUUUUUCUUUCUUUCUUUUUUCUUUCUUUCUUUUUUUCUUUCUUUCUUGUUUCUGUCUUUCUCAUUCCUUCUUUCUUUCCAUUCUUACUUUUUCUUAUUUUCUUUCUUUCAUUCUUUCUUUCUUUCUUUUAAAAUAUUGACGCUAUGUAUCUUUUUCUUUUUUUUUUGUUUCCUUUUUUCUUCUUUUUUUUUCCAAAUUUCGAUUUUGUUUCGUUUUCUCUCUUUUUUUUUUUUUUAUUUGACCUUUUAUUCUUUCAUUCUUUCUUUGUGUUACUGUUUCUUUUUUCUUUUGUUCUUUACUUUCUUUCUUUGUCUUAAUGUGCUUUUUUUCAUUCUUUCUUUCUUUCAUGCUUUCAUUUGUAGUUGUUUGCUUUCUCUUCAUUUCUCUCUUUUCCUUUCGUUUCUUUCUAUCACUUUUCUCUUUUCUAUUUCCUUCUUCCUAUGCAUUUUCAUCUUUUUACAUUUUUUCUUUCUUUUUAUUUCUGUUUUGCUUCUUUCCCUAAUGUUCUUCUUCUUCUUCUCUUAUUCAGUUCUUCCCAUCCAUUUUUCUUCUUCUCUUCUGCCUCAUCUAAUUCAGCAACCUUCUGUCCCACAUGAUUCGUUUCACCUUCUCCCCUUGAUAUCGAUUGAGUUUAUUUUCUUUGUUUAUUUUCCCUCUCUCUGCGUAUUAUUGCUUUAUUGUUUAUUUCUUUCCAUCAUUUUUCUUAAAGAUUUUUCUAUUACAUCGUUCAUCUUUCUUUAUGUCGUUUAUUUUUUUAUUUUUUUUUAUUUUCUCCUUUUUCCUUAUCUUCUUCGGACAAACUAUCUUUCAGUUCAUUCUUUAGAUAAUUGUUCCUUCCUUUUCCUUUCUUUCAGUUCUUGCCUUUUUUCUCAUUUUCAUAUUUUUCUCUUCCUUUUUAAAUUCGUUACUUCAUUCUUUACUUUUCUCCUUUUCUCUUUUCCUCCUUUUCUCCUCAAUCCUUUUUCAUGCAUUUUUCUUUGUCUUUCUUUCUUUAUUUAUUUCAAUAUUUCAAUAUUUCCUUCCUAUCAAACUUCUUUCAACACAUUCUCUACAUUUUUAACUGUUUCCUUUUUUUUACAGUCUGUUUCACUUUGUUUUCUUUCUUUUCUUACAUUUUAUCUGUACGAUUUUUUCUUUCAUUAUUUUUUCUGUUCCCCUUUUUUUUUAUUAUUUUCAUUUUUCUUUGUUUCUAAAUUUUAUACUUCAUGUUUUUUUCUUUGUUUUUCUCUUUCUUUCCUUCUUUCUUUCUUUCUUUCUUAUUUUAUUUUUGUUUUCCUUUUCCAUCAUUUUCUUUCUUUCUUUUGUUUGCCUUGUAGUCUUCUUCUUCUUUUUUUUUCUCAUUUCCUGCAAUGUUUUUUAAUACUUCCCUUCCUUUUUUUUUCUUUAAUUUACAUUGAUAUCCGCAGUCCUUAUAAAUACAAUACUGCCUUUUCUUUCUUUCUUUCUUUCUUUCUUUCUUUCUUUCUUUCUUUCUUUCUUACCUCGUGUCCUGAUGACGCACCCACAAUCAUUAAUUCCCUGUCUUCGCCUGUUGGACAUCUAUCUAUCUAUCUAUCUAUCUAUCUAUCUAUCUAUCUAUCUAUCUAUUUGAUACUUAGUAUGUUCAUUACCGUCUUUCUCUAUCCACAUAUGUAUCAUUGCUGGUUCAUAUCUAUCUAUCUAUCUAUCUAUCUAUCUAUCUCAGUUGGUUCGUACCUACUAUGA